AUGCGCAAGCUAUUACCUGUCCACUUCCGGGGGAACCGCCAAUCACCGCGCAGAGCGGCUGUGCGCUUCGGCCGCCGGAACCGCGCACUCAGGGGCGUUUUGGCGUCUCGGUUCUGCGCCCCGUUUGGUCUGGGGGCAGAUAUCCACUUCUCACUGGGUCUUGAUCUUGAGGCAGGCCUUGCUAAAGGAAGCAUUCUUAUCCACACUUUUGUUCUCGGCUCAAUAGAGUUUGUGACAGCCCUGGUACACCUCCAGGAGGAGUCUAGCUGCCCCAUCUGUUUAGAGUACUUGAAAGACCCAGUAACCAUCAACUGUGGGCACAACUUCUGUCGCUCCUGCAUCAACAUGUCUUGGAACGAUCUAGAUGAUAUCUUCCCCUGUCCUGUCUGCCGUUUUUGCUUUCGUGACAAGAACUUGAGGAUCAACCCUCAGCUCAGUAAUUUGACUGAAAUUGCUAAGCUCCUGCAGAUCAGAAGAAGCAAAAGAAAGAAGAAAGAAGAGAAUUCUGUAUGUGAGAAACACAAUCAACUUCUGACCCUUUUUUGUGGGAAGGACCUAGAGGUUUUAUGUACACAGUGCAGUUUCUCCUCCAAACACCAAAAACACUACAUUUGCUCCAUUGAGAAAGCUGCGUCUUAUCACAGGAAAAUUCUGGAAUGUAGCAUUGAGCCCAUGAAGGAUAAUUUAGAACGACUUGAAAAAGUGAUAACUCUGCAAGCCAGCAAAUCAGUGGAGCUGAAAAAGAAGGUAGAAUAUAGAAGAGAAGAAAUCAAUUCUGAAUUUGAACAACUUAGACUAUUUGUACAGAGUCAGCAAGAGGCUCUUCUUAGGCAGAUGGAAGAUGAAGAGAUGGACAUUUUAACAAAACUCAAUGAAAACUUUAUAACAUGGUCAGGUCAUGUCUCCAAAUUAAAACAUCGAGUGAGGGAGGUAGAGGGCAAGUGUGUGCAGUCAGAACUGGAAUUACUGAUGCAUGUUAAGAGUAUCCACCAUAGAUAUCAAAACCUAAAAGACCCUGAACUCUUUUCAUUCCAAUUAAAGAAAUAUGGAUUUAGCCUUCCUCCACAAUAUUCUGGCUUGGACAGAAUUAUCAAGCCGUUUCAAGUAGAUGUGAUUCUAGAUCUUGAAACGGCACAUCCUCGGCUUAUUGUCUCUGAGGACAGAAAAAUUGUGCGGUAUAGAAAGAGAAAACAAAACCUUUGUUAUAACCCGAGGAGAUUUUAUCUCUGCCCUGCUGUCCUGGAUUGUAACAGAUUUAGUUCUGGCAGGCAUUACUGGGAGGUAGAAGUGGGAAACAAGCCUAAAUGGACACUGGGGGUGUGUUGAGAGUGUUUUCCUAGGAACUGGCAGAAUCAGCCAGUAGUUGAGGGUAGAUUCUGGGCAAUUGGGCGAUAUGGUGAGAACGUCUAUGCUGUGUUGGGUCCUAAGAGAACCCAGCUCCUGCCCAUAGUAAGACCCAGUAAGAUUGGCAUUUUUUUCUACUAUGAGUUGGGUGAGGUUUCCUUUUAUAAUAUGAACGAUAGUCUCUAUACUUUUAACGAUUCUUUUACAGAAGCCAUUUGCCCCUAUUUCUAUAUUGGAAUAGAUUCUAAACCUCUUAAAAUCUCUUCAGGGAUGAAUGAUGAAAGAUGAAGUACUUGGGAAACAAUACUGUUUAGGGGUAACUUAGCCAGUAAAUUUAGUCUCAGUAAUUCUAGAUUCUUUUUAAGGUUUACUGCUGGAAAACCAGAAUAGAUUUUUCUCCUUCAUUUUCAGCAACUAUAAAAACAUGGUAGUGAUGCCAAUUUCAUAGAUUUUAUGGGUAUAAAUUGUCAAGUGCUUUGAAUUUCUAAGACAAAGUAUUUGGGUAUUAUAUUACUUAACACAUCCAAUGAAAUAUUU